UGAUUUUGCAUUUCGGGAAGAGAACUGUAAGUAAACAAUACAGUUCUUUCCCCUGUCAGUUCCUGCACACUGCUAUGCAUGGCUUUGCAUAGCAAAGCCAUGCAAAGCAAUGUGAUUACAGUGAAAGCACAUGCACAGUCCCCAGUAAAACAGCGCACAGUUAACCCUUUGAUCGCCCCACAUGGUAACUCCUUCCUGCCCAGUGCCAUUAGUACAGUGUCAGUGCUUUUUAUUAGCACUGAUCACUGUAUUGGUGUCACUGGGGAUGUCAGUGACACCAAGUCAGUUCCCCCCAGUGUUAGAAUGCCCGCUGCAAUCCCGCUAUAA